ACCUGUGAGAAAUAACCGACCGAUGACGACAUCCCGGAAAGCACAGCGCAUAAAUACAUAAAAGUUAGCGCUUAUCGGCAAGCCACACGCACCUAAACCCCAAUAAGAUGUUCAGCUAGAAAGCCUUCCCAGACACGAAUCAGUCCGCCAACCAAUAGGAAUUAGUUCAGCUCUUCCUCCGUACAUAUCUAUCAGAUCGUCCACGUCUUUCUCAUCCACCAACAAAAGAAAAUCAACCACACGAUCCCAUCAUUUCAUACAUUCAUCCAGUAAAUAAAUCCCCGCCCUAAUUUACCAUGCAUCGACAACAGAACAGAGGUUUUUGGUACUAUUCUUCUAGUCUUUCUCAGUUCUUCCCACUAUAAAAAAAGAACGCAUGAAGUUUUCGUGGUUAAAUCUGAGAUGGGUGUACAUAAUACUAUUGCUGGACAAAGAAGGCGUCUUGUAUUGUUACAUCUAAUAUGGAAGAUCCGUAUAAAAAAUUGAUUGAUGAGCUUGGGUCGCUCCUUGAUGAGACCAUCAUCAUUUCUAUAUCCAACGACUACAAUCUAAAAGACCCUGAGGAAUUUUCUGCCGCGCGGGAUGUCCUUUUAACCAUUUCUAAAGAUGUGGUCGCCGAAGAAGCCACUGGAUUCAAUCCAAGUGGACUUGGCGUUGAUGAUGUUGUAGACAUCAAUUCGUCCAACAGAGGUGACGACGUGGAACGUGGCGGGGCAACUAGUAGUGAUAUUAAAAGUAUCGACGGCUUUACUCCCACAACAGAAAGUUCCGUGCCACCAAGUCUUGUGUCCACGGGAUCAUCUAGGACGUCCACUCGUGAAACACCGGGGCUCAUCCACGUUGACAUAUUCGACGGCCUCAGUGAUAGCGAGAAGGAGAAUCAGCUUUCCCAGAUGUUCACCUCGCUUAAACCGUUUGACGUGAAACUAGCUCUGCAGAAGUCAAGGGGUGAUGCGAGUCUCGCUAUUGACGAGCUCCUUAACCUGCAGUGGCUUGAGCAAACAGGCCAACGUCCUAAAGGUGUGGAUGGUUUCUUUGUUUCCGAUGAAGAUGGCGUACAUAAUAAGAAGAGGAAAAAGAAAGGCGGAAAGAAGAAAAAGGUGGCCAAGGCGACAUCACCUGCAUCCCCCACAUCGCCUACGUCUGCUACGUCUACGACUCCGGAAAGCCCAGCUGAAGAAGCAACCGACAUUGAUUUAGUGCAGUCUGAUCAUAUUGCACUUAUAUCUGAUAGGCUCAAUUUAACCCACUCAGAGGUGACAAGCAUUUACCACCGGUAUAAUGCCUCUGCCGGAGCUACGGUGAUCGAGAUUCUAGAUAACUACAUUGCCUUAGGGUUAGCAUCGUCAGAUGCUGGUUUGCUAUCCGAUUCUCAAUUAGAGAUAAACAAGUUCUCUUGGGUACCCCGCGAAUAUGUCAAGGCGACCAUUGAAAUUUGCGCGACGCUAGACGAUGCCGAAGACAUUAUUCGUGUCUUAGGGGAUCACUUUGAGAAACCAUCGUAUCUAAAAUACGAUGUGGCAUAUAGCGUCGUGGCCUCGGAUCUAGAAGUGGUUACUGCCGAAUCUGGGCUCACGCCCAUCAAUACGUCAAAGAUGAAGCAACUCCCAAAACUUUCUACGAAUGUACGCUCAUCGGGAGUUCAGUCGCCCUUACGCACCCUAGGUUCACCGAUAAAUCUUCAAGCCGCAUCAGCCGCGUCAAGGACGCUUGCCGAAUCGAGAAACCAUUCGUUCAACUCAGCUGCAGCAGCUUUCAAGAAAGGUAGAUCUGACCCUCUAUUUAGACAAGCUGGGGCGUAUUUUGCAGAGCGUGCCCACGAACAAGCGAAGAACUACCGCCAGGCUAGUUCCGUCGAAGCUAAUAUCUUGGUCGAUCAAAAGAGUACCAAAGAUAUGAUUGACCUUCAUGGCGUUACAGUCCAAGAUGGUAUUGAUAUUGCGAUUGACCGGGUGUGGAAAUGGUGGCAAGGCCUCGGGGAGGAACGAGUUCGUAAGGCGAAGCAGGGAUUCACCGUUGUUACUGGCCUUGGUAGGCACACCGCAGACGGCAAAUCCCGCUUGCGCAUCAACGUGUUCAAAGCAUUGGUGGCUGAUGGGUGGAAAGUCGAAGUGAUGACCGGUUCGUACCUUGUCACCGGAAGGAGGUAGUUCUUACAACUGCUUUUAUGAGGCGCCCCACCAAGUUGAUGCCCUACCGCCUCCAAAAAGAAAAGAAAUUACGAUAAAGCUUGCAGCUACAUACCUUGACGGCACGCUUAUGCCGAUGAGAUCACACAGGAGGGCAUUGGCGGCGUUUCAAGGCGGGAGAUCGUAGGCACAUAGGCGAUCAAUUGUUUUGACGGCAGGAUAAGGCAAAAUCUGAGUGGGAACAUUAAACCUUCAAUGCUUUAGUCUCGCUAUUUCAGGAGUUUUGCUUGGCGUUUAAGAUCCUUACUCAGAAGCUUGCCUCGCUACUACAUUUGUAGAUUUAAGACAGGAUGCGGC